AUGAAGAACCAAACUGCUAUCAAGGAGUUCACUCUUCUGGGAUUUUCCUAUGGGCUGCAGGUGCAGACCAUACUUUACUUGGUCUUUCUCAUUACCUACAUGGUAACAGUCACUGAAAAUGCAGUCAUCAUUUUUGUGGUGACCAAAACCCAUCACCUCCACAAGCCCAUGUAUUACUUCCUGGGGAACUUGUCCUUCCUGGAGAUUUGGUAUGUCUCUGUAACACUGCCUAAGCUUUUGCUUGGGUUCUUGUCACAGUCCAUGACCAUCUCAUUUUCCAGCUGCAUGACCCAAUUGUACUUCUUUAUCUCCCUGAUGUGCACUGAAUGUGUGCUCCUGGCUGUAAUGGCCUAUGACAGGUACCUGGCCAUUUGCCAGCCCCUGCGCUAUGCAGCCAUCAUGACCCACAGGCUGUGCUUCCAGCUCUCACUCCUCUCAUGGGCAGGAGGCUUUUCCAUUUCCUUGGUCAAGGUAUCUUUUAUUUCACGCCUCACAUUUUGUGGUCCACAAGUCAUAAAUCACUUCUUUUGUGACAUCUCACCAGUCCUGAACCUUUCCUGCACUGACAUGUCCCUUGCAGAGACAGUGGACUUUGCAUUAGCCUUGAUCAUCCUCUUGGUUCCUCUUCUGAUCAUUAUUUUCUCCUACUGCUCUAUCCUGUCAAGUAUCUUGGGUAUGCCUUCUGUCCAGGGAAGGAGAAAGGCCUUUUCCACUUGUACCUCCCAUUUCACUGUGGUCAUUAUUUUCUUCUCAGCCACUCUCUUCAUGUAUGCCAGGCCCAGGAGGAUCCAUCCAUUCAACCUCAACAAAAUAGUGUCUGUCUUUUAUGCUGUAUUCACUCCAGCACUGAAUCCUCUGAUCUAUUGCCUGAGGAACAAGGAGGUGAAAGAGAUUCUGAGAAACACCCUAAGCACAAGCUGCUCUGCACUGCGACAGGCCUGA